AUGAUUUUGGAUUACUGUUGCAGGUGCUGCUCGGUAACGCUCAUCAAGAGACAUGCCCAACACUUGCCCUUCAACACCAAGCUCAAUGACACCUGGGUUGUGGUCCAGAAUCUGUUGAUGUGCGUAGUGACUUUCUAUGCCCUCUACUAUGUCACAGUCAGCCUCUGCAUCGGAAUCCUCAGGGUCCAUGAGGUGGACAGCAUGCUGGCGCCAUUCGAUUACAUCACACAACCAUCAUGGAAGGACCCCAAAUACUUAGUGUGUGUCAUCUCCAUGGAGGUGACGUAUAUUCUGGGGGGCGUGGCGUUCGCCUAUAUCGUGGAGGAGUGGGUGUGGGACUACGCCAUCACCGUCACAUUGCUGCACGUGAUGCUCACCGUAGCAGUUAUGUCUGACAUUCCGUCGACAGAACAUUGGUGGAUGGCUCUUGGUUCAGGCCUGGUCAUGAUGAUCGCUGGAGGGCAGAUAGUCGCGGCUAAAGUGUUUCGCAGCAACUUUGUGUACCCUGCCGACCUUCAAAACUUCUAAUGCCAUUUUUUAAAAUUCUGAUUAUUGUAAUAUUGUUUUAUACUGGGUGUUUUUUUUUACAUGGGAUACUGUAUCUGAGGUUUGGGUUGGAGUUUCUGCAUGCCACCUCUUUAACCCAUUGAUGCCUAAAGCACCUGCAAAAAAGGCUGCUGAAUGCCUAAGCCAUUUUAAAGAAAAUUUGCCCUCAGCCUAUACAAAUCGAAACAUCUUAGCCUCUGAAGCACAUAAAAUCAUGCAAUAAGUUGCAUUUAAAUGCUAAGAGCCUCGUUUUGUACAUUUUCAUUCAGCUCUAACGUACCAAGAUUUUUAAUAAAAUUGUCUCAAAUCUCAUGAGCCUGAAUGUUGCAUCAUGCAGCUCCAGGCGCCAUGGCCAAUGUUGCGCAACGCAACAUCAGGCAUCAAUGGGUUAAACUAU